AUGAAGCCCCAUCCAACCUGUAUGAAACACCCUCCGAACCGGCCCCAGCCCCCAGUGGCCUGUAUGAAGUGCCUGAGGAACCACCAAGCAACACCUACGGAACUCCCUCCGACCCAGCCUUCUUUUAUGAAGCCCCAUCAGAACCUGCCCCAGCUCCUAGCAGCUUGUAUGAAACCCCCUCUGAGCCAGCCAGCGCCACCAACCUUUUGCGAAGCCCCUGCACCAACCAGUGUAUAUGGAGCUCCUUCAGAACCUGCGCCAGCACCAACCAGUUUGUACGAAGCCCCUGCACCAACCAGUGUAUAUGAAGCUCCUUCAGAAUCUGCCCCAGCGCCAACCAAUGUGUAUGAAGCCCCAGCGCCAACCAAUCUAUACGAACCCCCCUCUGAGCCAACCCCAACUAGCCUUUAUGAAGCUCCCUCUGAGCCAGCCCCAGCCCCAACCAGCCUCUACGAAGCCCCGGCUAAAUCAGCCCCAGCCCCAACCAACUUGUACGAAGCUCCCUCGAAGCCCAGUGGGCUCUACGAAGUGCCGCCUAGCGCGAAUGCCCCGGUUCCUUCUGUUGCGAAGCCGAUGAAGGGCAUGCCGUACAACUUCCAGUGGGGGGUGGAGGACGCCGAUUCCGGGAACGUGUUCGCGCACCACGAGGACAGCGACGGCAGCAGCACACGCGGCCAGUACCGCGUGAACCUUCCGGACGGUCGCGUUCAGGUUGUAACUUUCUACGACAACGGAGAAGGGUUCCACGCCAAUGUGUCCUACGAAUAG